AUGGCGGCAUAUGAGUCCACAAAAUUGACUAUCAUCGAUGAAACUGAAUCUAUCCACAAAAAAGGUGCGAAAUGCUUUGAAGAAGGCAAUUAUGAACAAGCCCUAUUACAUUACAAAGAAGCUGCUACUCAAAUCCAAUCUAUGUCCAAGAAUAGUAAUAAUAAUUAUGACCAUCAACUUGAAUGCGAUAUUUAUCUCGACAUAGCCGAUUGUUAUUUAAGCCAAUAUAAACUGAUAGAAGCCGAUAAAUGGAGAAGAAAUGCGAAGAAAUUAGCCGAGCAACCACAAGAUAGAGUGAGAAUUGCAAAGUGCUUUGAUAGGCAAGGGUGUAUUAAACAAUUGCAAGGUGAUUUGAAUGGAGCUUUAGAAGAUUUUAACAAAUCACUUAGAAUAAAAUCAGAAUGGUCAGAAAGUGAAGAUAUCAAUAUUAGUGAGUCUUAUCGUAACAUUGCAAGUAUUUAUGGCAAUCAAGGCAAGUAUAAUGACGCUCUAUCGAUGUAUAACAAAUCACUGAAGAUUAAACUAACACAACUUGGUGACAAUCAUCCAAGUAUUGCUGUAACUUAUACAAAUAUUGGGCAAGUCUAUAAAGAUCAAGGCAAGUAUGACGACGCUCUAUCGAUGUGUAACAAAUCACUGAAGAUUCAACUAACACAACUUGGUGACAAUCAUCCAAGUAUUGCUACGACAUAUCACAGCAUUGGUGGUGUUUAUUAUCAUCAAGGCAAGUAUGACGACGCUCUAUCGAUGUAUAACAAAUCACUCAAGAUUGACCUAACACAACUUGGUGACAAUCAUCCAAGUGUUGCUGUAACUUAUACAAACAUUGGGCAAGUCUAUAAUGAUCAAGGCAAGUAUGACGACGCUCUAUCGAUGUAUAACAAAUCGCUGAAGAUUAAACUAACACAACUUGGUGAUAAUCAUCCAAGUAUCGCUACGACAUAUCACAACAUUGGUGGUGUGUAUAAAGUUCAAGGCAAGUAUGACGACGCUGUAUCGAUUUAUAACAAAUCACUGAAAAUUGACCUAACACAACUUGGUGACAAUCAUCCAAGUAUUGCUACGACAUAUCACAGCAUAGGUGGUGUCUAUUAUCAUCAAGGCAAGUAUGGCGACGCUCUAUCAAUGUAUAACAAAUCACUGAAGAUUAAACUAACACAACUUGGUGACAAUCAUCCAAGUAUUGCUGUAACUUAUACAAAUAUCGGGCUAGCCUAUAAAGAUCAAGGCAAGUAUGACGACGCUCUAUCGAUGUAUAACAAAUCACUGAAGAUUCACCUAACACAACUUGGUGACAAUCAUCCAAGUAUUGCUGUAACUUAUACAAAUAUUGGGCAAGUCUAUAAUGAUCAAGGCAAGUACGACGACGCUCUAUCGAUGUAUAACAAAUCACUCAAGAUUAAACUAACACAACUUGGUGACAAUCAUCCAAGUAUUGCUACGACAUAUCACAGCAUAGGUGGUGUCUAUUAUCAUCAAGGCAAGUAUGACGACGCUCUAUCGAUGUAUAACAAAUCACUGAAGAUUAAACUAACACAACUUGGUGACAAUCAUCCAAGUAAUGCUACGACAUAUCACAGCAUUGGUGAUGUCUAUUAUCAUCAAGGCAAGUAUGACGACGCUUUAUCGAUGUAUAACAAAUCACUCAAGAUUAAACUAACACAACUUGGUGACAAUCAUCCAAGUAAUGCUACGACAUAUCACAGCAUUGGUGGUGUGUAUGAAGAUCAAGGCAAGUAUGACGACGCUCUAUCGAUGUAUAACAAAUCACUGAAGAUUAAACUAACACAACUUGGUGACAAUCAUCCAAGUAUUGCUAUGACAUAUCACAACAUUGGUAGUGUGUAUAAAGAUCAAGGCAAGUAUGACGACGCUCUAUCGAUGUAUAACAAAUCACUGAAGAUUAAACUAACACAACUUGGUGACAAUCAUCCAAGUAUUGCUACGACAUAUCACUACAUUGGUAGUGUGUAUGAAGAUCAAGGCAAGUAUGACGACGCUCUAUCGAUGUAUAACAAAUCACUGAAGAUUAAACUAACACAACUUGGUGACAAUCAUCCAAGUAUUGCUACGACAUAUCACAACAUUGGUAAUGUGUAUAAUGAUCAAGGCAAGUAUGACGACGCUCUAUCAAUGUAUAACAAAUCACUGAAGAUUAAACUAACACAACUUGGUGACAAUCAUCCAAGUAUUGCUAUGACAUAUCACAACAUUGGUAGUGUGUAUGAAGAUCAAGGCAAGUAUGACGACGCUCUAUCGAUAUAUAACAAAUCACUGAAGAUUCACCUAACACAACUUGGUGACAAUCAUCCAAGUAUUGCUACGACAUAUCACAACAUUGGCAGUGUGUAUGAAGAUCAAGGCAAGUAUGACGACGCUCUAUCGAUGUAUAACAAAUCACUGAAGAUUCAACUUACACAACUUGGUGACAAUCAUCCAAGUAUUGCUGCGACAUAUCACAACAUUGGUGGUGUGUAUAAAGAUCAAGGCAAGUAUGACGAUGCUCUAUCGAUGUAUAAUAAAUCACUGAAGAUUCAACUAACACAACUUGGUGACAAUCAUCCAAGUAUUGCUACGACAUAUCACAACAUUGGUGGUGUGUAUUAUUAUCAAAGCAAGUUUGACGACGCUCUAUCGAUGUAUAACAAAUCACUGAAGAUUCACCUAACACAACUUGGUGACAAUCAUCCAAGUAUUGCUAUGACAUAUCACAACAUUGGUAGUGUGUAUAAAGAUCAAGGCAAGUAUGACGACGCUCUAUCGAUGUAUAACAAAUCACUCAAGAUUCAACUAACACAACUUGGUGACAAUCAUCCAAGUAUUGCUACGACAUAUUGCAACAUUGGUGGUGUCUAUUAUUAUCAAAGCAAGUAUGACGACGCUCUAUCAAUGUAUAACAAAUCACUCAAGAUUAAACUAACACAACUUGGUGACAAUCAUCCAAGUAUUGCUGUAACUUAUACAAAUAUUGGGCUAGUCUAUAAAAAUCAAGGCAAGUAUGACGAUGCUCUAUCGAUGUAUAACAAAUCACUGAAGAUUCAACUAACACAACUCGGCGACAAUUAUCCAAGUAUUGCUGCAACUUAUACAAAUAUUGGGCUAGUCUAUAAUGACCAAGGCAAGUAUGACGACGCUCUAUCGAUGUAUAACAAAUCACUCAAGAUUAACCUAACUCAACUUGGUGACAAUCAUCCAAGUAUUGCUACGACAUAUUGCAACAUUGGUAGUGUGUAUAAAGAUCAAGGCAAGUAUGACGACGCUCUAUCGAUGUAUAACAAAUCACUCAAGAUUCAACUAACACAACUUGGUGACAAUCAUCCAAGUAUUGCUACGACAUAUCACAACAUUGGUAGUGUGUAUGAAGAUCAAGGCAAGUAUGACGACGCUCUAUCGAUAUAUAACAAAUCAUUGAAGAUUGACCUAACACAACUUGGUGACAAUCAUUCAAAUAUUGCUACGACAUAUCACAACAUUGGUAGUGUGUAUGAAGAUCAAGGCAAGUAUGACGACGCUCUAUCGAUGUAUAACAAAUCACUGAAGAUUAAACUAACACAACUUGGUGACAAUCAUCCAAGUAUUGCUGCAACUUACAGAAAUAUUGGUCAAGUCUAUAAUGAUCAAGGCAAGUAUGACGACGCUCUAUCGAUGUAUAACAAAUCACUCAAGAUUCACCUAACACAACUUGGUGACAAUCAUCCAAGUAUUGCUACGACAUAUCACAACAUUGGUAGUGUGUAUCAAGGCAAGUAUGACGACGCUCUAUCGAUGUAUAACAAAUCAAUGAAGAUUGACCUAACACAACUUGAUGACAAUCAUCCAAGUAUUGCUGUAACUUAUACAAAUAUUGGGCAAGUCUAUAAAGAUCAAGGCAAGUAUGACGACGCUCUAUCGAUGUAUAAUAAAUCACUGAAGAUUCAACUUACACAACUUGGUGACAAUCAUCCAAGUAUUGCUACGACAUAUCAUAACAUUGGUAGUGUCUAUAAAGAUCAAGGCAAGUAUGACGACGCUCUAUCGAUGUAUAAUAAAUCACUGAAGAUUCAACUUACACAACUUGGUGACAAUCAUCCAAGUAUUGCUACGACAUAUCAUAACAUUGGUAGUGUCUAUAAAGAUCAAGGCAAGUAUGACGAUGCUCUAUCAAUGUUAAACAAGUCACUGCAAAUUUCUUUAGUAACGCUAGGCGAGAAUCAUCUUCAUACUGCCCAGCUGUAUCGAAGCCAAGCUGUAGUCAAUUAUAAACUGUCGAAUUAUCGUCAAGCAUUUUCAUUAUAUCGAAAGUCCAUUAACAGUCUACGCAAUGUCUACGGAGAGAGUCAUCCUCAAAUUAUCGAAGAUGAGAAACAAAUUAAUUACUGUUCCAAUCAAUUGCAAGAAAACGAGAAGGAGCCUUCUGCAUUGGAAAUAGCCAACAUCAUUCGACAACUUCUGGCUCAAUAUGCAGACAAUAAAAGA